AUGUCCCAAUUUUCGUUUUCUCCGCAAUAUUAUGAAGCAUUAGAACAGUUGAAAAAGAAUUUUAAAGCUUCUAAAAAUAUAACUUUAGAAGAAGCAAGAAAGAAUUAUGGCCUAAUUCCUGUACCAACUCCAGAUGAAUGUAUUGUGGAUGAGACUAAAUUGGAUGAAAAAUAUGUAAUUAAAAGCAAGGAAUAUUUAAUGGAUAGGUUGAAAAUAUAUGAAGACGUUAUUGAUGAAAAGUGGCAAGAUCUUGAUAAUGAUGGAUUAUCCGGAGAAUGGGUUAAAAUUAAAGAUAGGAAAGAUACAGGAAGGGUUGUGCUUUUCAUGUUUGGUGGAGGAUAUUUUAUUGGAUCACCUAAAGUAUGUCGUAAUUUGACUUAUGAAAUUGCAAAAAAUGCUGAAUGUUCAGUUUUUGCAAUUAAUUAUCGUCUUUCUCCUGAACAUCAAUUUCCUGUUGCACUUUGUGAUGCUUUAGCAGCAUAUUUCUAUCUUACUGAUCCUCCUCUAGAAACUGGACUUAAACCAAUUGAUCCUAAACAAAUUAUAUUUGCUGGACCUAGUGCUGGUGGUGGAUUGGCUGUUGCUACUGCAUUAUUCAUUCGUGAUAUUGGUUUACCAUUGCCAUCAGGACUUGUUUUAUGGGUGUUCACAUGGGUAGAUUUAAUGAAUAGCAUGCCAUCAGGCUGGAAAUCUGAAAUGGACGAAACUGACUUUAUAGAAGGCACGCUAAUCGAAUAUCUUGACCGCGUAAAAAAUUUUUCAGAACAAAUUAAACAAAAAAAAACAAAAGUGGUCGGACACCCUUCUUUUAAUAAAGUUCCAAGAUAUAGUAUAUACUGUGCAAAUGAAGCUUUGGCCAUUCCGUAUGUUAGUCCAAUGUUAGCUGAAAGUUUGGGAAAUCUACCACCUAUUUUAUGUCAAGUGGGUGGUGGAGAAAGACUUCUGGAUUCAAGUAUUUUAUUCAGUUUCAGAGCUUCUGAUCCGAGUAAAUUUCAAUUACCUAAAUAUGCUACAAUAAAUUUUGCUAAUUCACCAUUCAAGAAGCCUACCGACGUCACACUUGAAGUUUAUGAAGGAGCGUGUCAUUGUUUUCAAGAUAUAGUUCCUGAUGAAAAAAUUUCAAAGUUCUCAAUAAAACGUUCUUGUGAUUUUAUUAAGAAUCAUACACUUAAUGAAAGUAUUCCGAAUGAAGCUGAGAAUAAAUCUUUUCAAGGUAUUCAAAAAAUCAUUAAUACUAUUGCAAUUAACCCUAAUUGUGAUAUUAGAGAGUUAGAUGAAAAAUUUCUAGAAUGUUUAAAUUGGAAAAAUAUUGGUGUUCUCCCAGAAUUAGAAGAAGUUUGA